UGUAAAUGUAAAUGUCGUUUGCCAUUGCAUUUCAGAAAUAUUUUUAAAAUCUUCAAUUCUAUAAAUAAACAUUGCUGAAAUUUACGUAGGUACACCUAGUUUUCUUUCUAGCAAAGGUGAUAUGAUUGUGACUUGUGUAAAAUCCAAUACGCACGUAAAUGAGCAGCGUUCUAAAACAAACGAUAUCCUAUCGUGGGUCCUACAAUUUAACCUUUAGAUUUAGAAGUUUUAAAUAGCAAAACAUGAAACAGUAUCGUAUUCCCGGUUUAAGGUGUCAUUAUAAAAACAAGUAACAAUUGAUAGAUACAACGCUGACAAAUAUUUAUCUCGUUAGUGUUCUAAGGUGUUAAUAAACAAAAAUGCCUGGAAAAAUAAAGGUUAAGGUAUUAGCUGGGCGUAAUUUGCCCGUAAUGGACAGAGCAAGUGAUACUACGGACGCUUUUGUUGAGAUAAAAUUCGGUGGUGUCACACACAAGACAGAUGUGUGCCGGAAGUCGUUGAACCCCCAAUGGAACAGCACUGAGUGGUACAGAUUUGAGGUUGACGAAUCGGAGCUGCAAGAUGAACCCUUGCAGUUGCGGCUCAUGGACCACGACACGUACUCAGCGAAUGACGCGAUCGGCAAGGUGGUCAUCAGCCUCGCGCCGCUGCUGGCCCGGGAGGCGAACAAUACGGCCGGCCCUCCUGGAGGCGCGGUGAUGUCGGGCUGGAUCCCCGUGUUCGACACGAUGCACGGCAUCCGCGGCGAGCUCAACGUCAUCGUGAAGGUGGAGCUGUUCUCUGACUUCAACAAGUACAAGACCUCCAGCUGCGGAGUGCAGUUCUUUCACUGUCCAAUGAUUCCCCCCGGGUACAGAGCGACGGCCAUUCACGGCUUCGUCGAGGAGCUGAUAGUGAACGACGACCCCGAGUACCAGUGGAUAGACAAGAUCAGGACUCCGCGCGCCUCCAACGAGGCAAGGCAGGUCGCCUUCAUUAACCUUAGCAACCAGGUCCAACGCUUAGUGGGUCUUAAGGCGGCCGAGCUAGGAGCCAACGCCGUGGUCGGCUACCAACAGGACUUCGACUUGGAGGGCGAAGCGGGUGUAGUUGCGCGCGCCAUAGGUACCGCAGUCAGCAUCACUCCGCUACCUACGCCAAGCGUGCCUUUAAAUAUUACUUGCACGCAACAACAAUUAAAAAAAUGCUUGGACAUUUUGGCGACAGACGAGGAGAGUGUCACGGAUUUGCAUGAAUAUUAUCUGUCUCAUCCGGAGGAGUUGAUGAAAAUCGUUGGCAUUUUAAAUCCUCAAGCUCCUUUGCUCUUGGAUGACCCAGAUACUUUUGAUGAAGAUGAGAAAAGCCUCGAAGGUCAAACGAAACCUACAACUCCUUCAAAGAGUUACACCGGAGAUCUGUCUAUAUACCAGGACAAUUACGUUGCAACAAGAAGCCUGAGACAUCUUUCCGAAGACCAAAUAGACCUCGACAAAUUACUAAACAGACCCGAACCACCAGAGUCAAUUAAUCCUUUAAAAACAAUCAGGAAGAUAAAAGAGAAUUUAUUUUCCAAAAAGUUUAAUAAACGUUCGUCUAAGUCUGACAUACAGGACGAUCAAAUAUCUAUUAAAUCUACUUCAUCCGACACAUCGCGGAUUUCUAUAUCAGAUAUCAAAAAGGAGAUUAAAAAGAUGAAGAAACUCAAAAUGCCAAAGAUAAUAACAGAAAUCACAGAAGACGACGGUGUCGGUAUGGCGUCUAUACUCGCUCGUUCAGUAAUACAUGCUCAUACUAGCCUGGCUUGUAUCACAGAAAGUCAGGACUCUGAGAAUUCUCCUGGUUCUACUUUGAGAAGAACCAGUGAAUCUGAGCCGAAUGUGACGAUUUCUGAUGAUGAUAGAACUCGCCCACAGUCAGGUGCAGGAAAUGUGCCCGAACAUGACAGGAAAAGUAUACCAGAAAUACAUUGUGGUUCUUUGGAGAAUAUUAUGAGCAACGAAACCGUUCCAAGGGAAAGAAAGAUAUCCGAGUCUUGUCCAACAAGUCCAAUGGUUUCUAGAAAUGAAAAUUUUCUGAAAUUGCCAGGAGAUGAAGAUUUUUACGGUUCUGUUUCGUCUGCACUUUCGCAUGACAGUUCGGAAGUUUAUUCAUCUUCUGACGAGGACGACGAAAGUUAUGACAUGAAAAGCGAUCAAGAACAAAUGGACACUACAAGUUCUGUAAUUCAAUCUGUACUUGGCAAUGCAAACUUUAUGGAAAUGGAAAGAAAACGAGCGUCUAUGGAAAUGCCGAUACAUGAAGAUACGAAUUAUGAAAAAUCGAUUAAUCAAUACUUGAAAGAUUCUGAAAAUGAUAAUGACAAAACUUUUAUUUCCGGAAAAGACCAUAGAAAUGUUGAAAAACAAGAUGUCAAUGCUCAGUCCUUACUCACUGGAACCGCCUCAACGUGUGUACCAAUUAAGUCAAAUAAUUCUCAUUCAAUCAAACUUCAUAAUCCUUUUGCACAUAAAAAGGCAUCAAAAAGUAUAAGUGCACCGUCUUCUCCCGUAGAAAAGAAAAGUUUCAUAUAUCGCUCCUCGAAAAAAAUCAAACGACACCUUUCAAAAAUUUCGAAGAACAGCAUGAUAAAAAGUUUAUCGCACUAUUCUUUGUUACCUAAGAAAAAACACAUCGAUCCUAAAGCUGCUAUGAGCCAACCUGGAUCCGCUUCCGAUGUUACAUCUAAGGCUCCCAGUGACACGGUUUUAGGUUCCCCCUUCUUAUCCUAUACAGAUUUGCUUAGUUUAGAUAGAAAAGGUUUUACCUCCAUGAACCAUCUUCAUAAGAGCGAUGAGCACGUUAUGUCUAAGGCAUUUAUGUAUAUUGGAUCAGAACCAGUGUCAAGGUCAUCAUUAAGCGGUCCAUCUUUCAGUAGAGAUGACCAUUUUCACGAGCAAAAAUCCUUUAAGAGAGAACAUCCAAAAUUGAAACCUGAUGGCCUUGUUCAUACUGCAAUGGAGACUAUAUUAAUGGAUAAAGUAGAAUCUUUGUUGGUACCAACAAGCCCAGAUUCUAUUAUAAUUAGAGAUAAAGAUAGGAAAUUUUUUGAUGACGUCAAUGAAAAGUUAGAGAAAGUUCAGGGAACGGAAAUUGAAUCUAAAGGGUUAGUUCAUUCUGCCUUAGAAACAGUGUUAAUUGAUACCGUAGAAUCGUUAUUGUUGCCAACAACUCCUGAUCCUGUAAAAAGUGCUGAAAAGGGAUUUUUUGAUAACGUCAGUGAACAACUAGACAAAGAUAAAAUUUCAAAACCUAAAUGUAAUUCUAAAGCAGCACAAACUAAAUACAAAUUGGAAAGAGAAGUAAAAGAAUCAAAAGGUCUAAUACAUUCUGCUAUGGAAACAAUGUUAAUUGACAAAGUGCAAUCAAUCUUGAUGCCCACGACACCUGACGCUGCCAUAUCUAAAGAUAAAGAAUUUUUCAAAGACGCCAAAAAUACAAAAUCUGAGACCGAAGAUUUUGCAUUGGUAGAGAAUUCUGAGGCUGUUGUGAAUAAAACUGAAGCUAAGAAAUCAGAUGAAAUAAAAGAUAUAAAAACACAAAACACCGAACUACCUAAAGAUGUAAAAUUACAAACAGAGCACAAAUCCAAGGGCUCUGAUAAAUCUCACAAAGUAAACGAAAAGAAGGAGAAGAAACUAGUACGCCAGGAUAGUAUCCACACAGACGACACGGUUUCGCCAAAUAUGUCCAAGGAGUUAGAUCCAAAUGCAAUCGCUCCAUGCAAAUUAACCCAUGCGCCAAUGUUGCAACAUUUCCAUCCCAUACUUAGUGGUUCACCCUUAGAGACCAUUCCAUCGCUGCCGGAAAGUGUAGAUAGAACUCAGAGCAUAGAUGUUGAUGGGGUUGAUACUAACAGUGUAGUAAGAAGUGAGGGCGUAGAUGUUGACGUUGAUGGAGUUGAUACUAACAGUGUUAGCGUGUGUAACUCGCAUGCAGCGUGCGGUGUUGACAGGAGCGAGCGAGAGCGGGAUAGGGAGCGGGACAGGUGCGACAAGGACAAAGGGUCGCCGAGGCACGCGAGGCACGAGUCGUAUGGUGGGAAGGAGCCAGUGGGGAGCGUCACGGUGCAGAACGCUUCGUUGAAUUCGUCGUCUACUCCGUUGGGUAUACAUAGAAGAUCUUCGGAUUCAGAUCUCAGUGUUACCCCUAAAGGCAGCUCUCUAAAUGCGUCAGGAGGUGUAAUAGGCAGCGGUGGUGGAGCCAUACUGAGGCCUUCGAUGAACAGCAAUAACCUUGAAAUGUUGGAGUACCCCUUUUUGACCAUGACGGAGUACCCACCGGGGUUCAUUGUUCAUAUUGGUGGCACAGUGUGCGCGCGCUCGGUGAAGCUGGUGGACGCGGGCGGCGAGAGCGCGGCGCGCGCGGCGUGGUGGGCGGAGCUGCGCACGGAGCUGCGGGCGCACGCGCGCGCGCUGCGUUGCACCGCCGUGCUGGCCUACAGCGAGCGCGCUGCCGUGCGUGAGGACGUUUGCGUGCUGUCAGCGUCGGGCACGGCGGCUGUCAUCAACCUGGACUGCGACUUCACGCUCGACGAGCCUGCUGCGCUUCGAACUGACUCCAAAAACGCCCUGGACGAGUGUGAAGCGGAGCCGUGCUCUGUGGCGCAUGUGCCUUACUCGCCCGGAGCGGGCCCGUACCGCGCGGAGUUAGCUACAUGCGGUGGAUGCAGACGAGCCCGCGUGCCGUCGGUGCUGCUAGCGACGUGCGCCAAACCAAACAGACUGACUUCGUAUGCCAAAGCAGUCACGCUCACUGCCGUUGCGGCGCGCUGCCGGCGGGCGGUGGGCGCGGAGGCGGGCGCGCGCGACCUGUCCGACCAGCUGCCCUUCCUCGAGUACGAGCUGCACAAGCUGCUGUUGGCCAAGCUGAGGAUGCAGGGCGCGAACGCAAUAUUCUCGCUGGAGACGCAGAUCGCGAUCGGCGAGCGGUGCGUCAUGGCGCUGGCGAGCGGCACGGCGGUGCGGCUCGGCGCGCUGCCGCCGCCUGCGCCGCCCAGGAUCAAGGCGUCAGAGAAUGACAAGAACGCGAUAGAGAUACAGAAGGCUCUGUGGGACACGUUCACAGCUAACAAGGCAGCUAAUGGUUAUGACAUGGGGUCCCAGGAGCACAGCACAAACGGCGCGCUGCCCGAGGCGGAGGGCGACGAGGCGCCCGCGCUGGACCUGUGCGCGGACAAGGACGCGUGCGUGCUGGAGUUGGACGAGGCGGAGGAUGUGGAGACGGCGAAGGCGCUGGCCGUGCGACGCAACCACAUGCAAGUGUUCACGAGCGCGCUGCGACCCGCGCGCGCCGCCCCGCCGCAUGCCUUCAUGCAGGUGUGGCGAGCACGUCUAGGAUCCCAAGGGUCUGGAGCAGAGAGGCUGGUGGCGAGCGCGCUGACCGGCGCUGCGUACAAGUUGAGGAGGUUGCAACCAGCGGCCCUCGCGGCGCCCUCCUUCCACUUGGAACUGCCUGAGGAUGAAAUACAACUAGUAGUAUCAGGUACGGCGAUCCCUCUACAUGACCCUUCUAAAGUGGAACACGUCAAUGGAGCUGAAAAAGAAGCUACUGUAGAUGGUGAUGAUGACAUCUUCGCUCUCGAUGAGGAGCAGCUCGUGAAGGCCCCCCCAGAAGUUGUGGAGGAGAAGAACAGUGGCCCGGCCGCCAGUCGCGUUUCCCUGACGACGCUGAGUACGGUGGAGGGCACGAAAGUGGCGCGGCGCGUGUGCUCCUUGCGCCUGCUGUUUGUGAGGGAGACCACCGCGGUGAGGGAGCUGGGAGGACUCAGCGGGUUCCUCCACACUUUCACUUGUGAGGUGUUGGCGAUAGUGCGCGCGUACACGGCGGCGCUGGGCGGCAACGCGCUCACGUCUCUGUACCUCGUGCACCUGCUGCUGCACCACAACGGACACAAGAACCAGGGCCAGUGUCUUCUAUCUGUAGGCGGCGACGUGGUUCACAUUACGUACUAAAUUAUUUUAUCAUAUUGACUGUAUAAAAAUAUGUUUGUAUAGAUAAAUCGUAUAACCGAGUCCUCGUAUGCGUAGUACAAGCGGGGAAUGGUGACAGAGGAGCAAACGGUGGCGUGCAUAAAGUUUUUAACUAGGGUAGGCGCUAUACGUACUGAUUAUCUAAACUAAUAUUAUAAAGAGGUAAAAUUUGAUUGUAUUGUUUGUUUGUUUGCAUUGAAUAGGCUCUGAAACUACUGUAACGAUUAUUCUAUCUCCGAAUGCUAUAGGCUAUAUUUUAUCCCCAUAUUCCUACAGGAACGGGAACCUAUGUCUGCUAGUACACAAGACAAUGGAAGCCUCAAUAUCAUGUAACUUGUGACUUAGUAAUUUUUGAGACGAUCGAUAGACUAAUGUCGACCAAUAGCGACCAUUACAAUGUCUUGCUACUUCCUGUGUAAUGGCAGAAGCUGAUCCAAUGGCCUCUAAGUUAUUAUUGAAGAAUUAAACAAAUGUGUAGUAACCUCGACUUGGUAAAUGUUUUAAACAUUUAUGCAUUGGCAGAUCCAUAACUGACCUAAGGGUCUUUUUAUAGAAUAGUACACCUAACCCUACGAAAUAUUUUUUACUCUUUGGAGACGAUAGGGGGUGGGAGGUUUCAAAAAUAUCUCCGCGUUGAAAAGAAAGUGAUAUUUUAACUCUGCUGCUAUUGGUCGACAAUAUCUCUUUUUCUCUCCACGACACAUGUCGUUGAUGCAAGCUAAGCCUACUGGUUGUUUACGUAUUUUACCUCGCCCCGUUAAACGUACCUACUAUACAGGGUGUCCCGUAAUUAAUGGUUAAAACGUAAAUGGUACAAUGGUAAAAAAAUACGGCAUCUAAAACUAAUAUGAAUAAUAAUGUUCUGAAAAUCCCUAGAGUGACCAAGUUAUAUUUGUUUUUUGGGUUCUUCAAAAAUUUCUAUCUUGAGUCAGUUUUUUCAAUGCUGUAAGCUGCUAGAAUUAAGAUUUUAAAGGUCUGAGUUUGUUGAAUAUUACGGAUUAAAUUACCAAUGUACUUUAAUACAAUUUUUGUAAAUAAUGUUUUAUUUAUUGAUUAUGAAACACGGCUAAAACUCACGUGAUAUUACGUCGGAGUAUGCCCGACUAGUUUCGAACCCAUACGGGGCCCUUAGUCAUGAGCUGGUUCUUGCAUCGCGGCACGAUCCAAACUGAUACUCCGACGUAAUAUCACGUGAGUUUUAGCCGUGUUUCAUAAUCAAUUAAUAUGAAUAACACUCACGAUAGUUUAAAUUCUAAAAUGUUUUAUUUGUUUGCCUUUUUGUUGUUAUUACAUUGUUACUGGCAUCCUUUUAACUACAAAAAGUAGACACAAGUUUUAUACCAAUUUAUAAACUUCGAUAAGUGUAUAAGUUUUUAACAUAAUGGUACAUUUCAGCUCCAUACAUCUUUUUACUGGACUUUUUUUUUAAUCGGGUCGUCUUAAUGAAAGAUAAAUAAUUAUUGCAUUCAAAACUUCAUGUACAAAACAAAUAAAACAUUAUUUACAAAAAUUGUAUUAAAGUGCAUUGGUAAUUUAAUCCGUAAUGGUCAAAAAAACCAAAUCUUUAAAAUCUUAACUUCAGCGGUAUUGAAAAAACUGAUUCAAGACAGAAAAUAUUGAAAAAUCCGAAUAAAAAAUAUAACUUGGUCACCCUAGGGAUUUUUGAAAAAGUAGUCAAAUUAGUUUUAGAUAAUUAGGUGGUAUAUCCACCAUUUGCGUUUUAUCCAUUAAUUACGGGACAUCCUGUAUAAUAUAUACUAUUUAUUACAUACUUAUAAUAUGAAUACUUAAAACUGCCUAUGGAGUUCUAAGUCAAAUUGUAUUAUUUUUAUGACAAAUAUCUGUAAUGAUUUAUUUGUACUUAUGUACAUUAUUUAUAAUGUAAGUGUCGAUUUUGAUGAUGUUUAUAUAAUUAUUAUAAUUUAUAAAGACAUGACAAAUGCCUCUACUGGGCAAUAUUUUCGUGUUAAGACUAAAUAUAAGUAGGAAUUGAUUUUCAAAUGCUUUUUCUAUUUGUAUACUUAAUUUAGUAUUGAUUUUACUAUAGUAGUUUUUUUGAACACACUUUUUGCCUAUUUCUUGCCUUUAUAGUUCAUUUCGUUGCAUGUUAUUAUAAUUUAAAUUAACACAUCUAAUGUGGUCGACAUAGUUGUGACGAUAUUAAAGUACUGCGGAUGCUAUAUUCGUCAUUAUAUUCGUUAAUGAUACUCCCAUGGUAUGCGGGCGACGGGCGGGAAGGACUGCGUGGGUGUGAAAUCGUGCGCGCGGGGCAGAAGCUGGUAGUGAGGUGCAGUCAUGGGCAGUCAUUGUCGACGACAACUCAAAUUCCCCAGGAUUCCAUAGUCAGAUCCUGGUUUUCUUGUCAUGAUACCACCCUCAAAAUAUCACCUUUUCAACAAAAAUUAAUUAUUAGAAUCAAACAUACGCGUCGAAUUGCGAACCUCCUUUUUUGUCGGUUUUUUACCCGACUGCAAGAAGGGUUAUGUUUUUCGCGCGUAUCUUGUAUGUAUUGUAUGUUUGUAUGUAUGUAAUAUUCUUUAUGACCUCAUAUCUUCCAAACCACUGAACGGAUUUACGUAAUUAGGAUAUCGUUAGAUUUGUCUCAAUAACCCAAGUGUUCUUAGAUAUGUGAAACUAAAAAAAAAUAACAAGACGACUGUUUUCUAAUUGCUUUCUACACUUCUGGACUGACCUUGUUUUUUUUUUCUUUUCAGUUCUUUUAUUUGUUUAAUUUAUUUAUUUAUUUUAAAUGUGAAAAUUCUUACACACAACGAGAUUGUUUGAAAUGUGUUAAUUUAGAUUAUGAUAAUUGUGUGUGCAACGAAUAUUUAGUGCGCGUGCCACGAGCUUUGGCGUUUAUAUAUUAUUUAUUAUGUAUUUUUGAAACGUUUAUCUCUGGUUAAUUAAAUGGAUUUUUGAUGAUAUAUAUCAAAAUUCAACUGAUUGACUAUUUCUAACGUACUGUUAAUAUAGCUUGAUUUUUUUAAA